ACUUGAAGCACCUUGGAGCUCCGACCUCCCAGUUUUCUUCCACCACGACCCCCUGGAUUGCACCCUGGCUCACCUUUUCAUCCCACCCACCCUCUUCUCGGUCCAGCGGGGUCCUGGGCGCCUGCAACCUGCUGGUUGAUUCCGUGGGCUGCCCCCCGCGCCCGCGCCCGCUCCUCCUCCUCCUCCCCGCGCUCGCUCUCGCCUCCUUCUCUAGUCCGGGCGCCCAGACUCGGCGGAGCGCAGCGCCCGCCGCCCGCCCCGCGCUCCUGGCUCCGUGUCGCCGCAGCCUCGGGGUCACCCGCGCGGGCACAGGACGCCGAGGGGACAGUGUCCCGGGCUCGGCGUAGCCCACAGCUGGCUGUUGCGAGAAGCUAUGCUUUGAUAAAGCUCGGGAGGAAGAGGAGCGGACUCGGAGUCAGACUUCUGGAGCCAGCGGGAGCCCGGUCCGCCCAGUGCGACGCGGCUGCACGCACCGUCCUCAAGUGGAUGGAAAGUUUUUACUGAAGAUGUUGCUGCUCUCUUCUGAGAAGUCAAGCAGAUACUCCCCUUGCCUCCGUAAGAAACUGCAGGAAAGAAAAUGAGUGUUCCAAUCCAUCCUACCCCCAACAACUCCAACAGCCAAAGGAGGAAAACUGAGGACCAGGAACCCACCAUUCAGAAGAAAUACUGGGGUGCUUCCCUCUACCCACACAAAAUGGAACACAAGAGACUACAUAGCUGAAGAAGUUAUAGCCUCCUUACAAAUGAGAGACAUUCAAGUCUAAGUAGUCUCCAGCUAAAGAUAAAUAACCAACAGCUUCUCCACAGCAUAGAUUGGAACGGGGAAAACAUGAACAUCACUAACUGUACCACAGAAGCCAGCGUGGCUGUGAGACCCAAGACCGUCACUGAGAAGAUGCUCAUUUCCAUGACCCUGGUGAUCAUCACCUCCCUGACCAUGUUGCUAAACUCAGCCGUGAUCAUGGCCAUUUGCACCACCAAAAAGCUCCACCAGCCUGCCAACUACUUGAUCUGCUCUCUGGCUGUGACGGACCUGCUGGUAGCAGUCCUGGUGAUGCCCCUUAGCAUCAUGUACAUUGUCAUGGACAGCUGGAAGCUAGGGUACUUCGUCUGUGAGGUGUGGCUGAGUGUGGACAUGACAUGCUGCACCUGCUCCAUCCUCCAUCUCUGUGUGAUUGCCCUGGACAGGUACUGGGCCAUCACCAACGCUAUUGAGUAUGCCAGGAAGAGGACCGCCAAGAGGGCUGGACUGAUGAUCCUCACCGUCUGGACCAUCUCCGUCUUCAUCUCCAUGCCCCCUCUGUUCUGGAGGAGCCACCGCCGACUCAGCCUGCCCCUUAGUCAGUGCACCAUCCAGCAUGACCACGUCAUCUACACCAUUUACUCCACACUUGGGGCAUUUUAUAUCCCCUUGACUUUGAUACUGAUUCUCUAUUACCGGAUUUACCACGCAGCCAAGAGUCUUUACCAGAAAAGAGGAUCAAGCCGGCACUUAAGCAACAGAAGCACAGACAGCCAAAAUUCGUUUGCGAGCUGUAAACUUACACAGACUUUCUGUGUGUCUGACUUCUCCACCUCAGACCCCACCACAGAGUUUGAAAAGAUCCACACCUCCAUCAGGAUCCCUCCCUUUGACAAUGAUCUCGAUCAUCCGGGAGAACGCCAGCAAAUCUCUAGUACCAGGGAGCGCAAGGCAGCACGCAUCCUGGGCCUGAUUUUGGGGGCGUUCAUUUUGUCGUGGCUGCCAUUUUUCAUCAAAGAGUUGAUUGUAGGUCUGAGCAUCUACACCGUGUCCUCCGGAGUGGCUGAUUUUUUGACAUGGCUUGGUUAUGUUAAUUCUCUGAUCAACCCUCUGCUCUACACAAGUUUUAAUGAGGACUUUAAGCUGGCUUUUAAAAAGCUCAUUAGGUGCCGAGAACAUACUUAGACUGUAAAAAGCCAGAAGGCAUGACUUUUACCAGCCUCGAGAGUGGACGGGGGUAAGGGGUGCCACUCAUUAAUUCUCGAACAUAAUUGGUUCAGGAGAGUUUGUAAGUAUGUGUGGUCUUGGUUUUUGUUUGUCUGUUGUGUUCUGUUUUGUUGGAGGCUUGUUCUUUCGUGUAUUGUUUUCUACCUCUGCUCUUAUCUGUGGUACUUAAUUUCAAAUAAACGUUAUCAUACAAAAACAGAAUUUCAUGGAAGUCAUAAUAAGGUGAAACAGUGAA